CCCUCCUCACUUCAAUUUCACCUUCUCUCCAAGCCAUCGUCCUCUUUCUCUCUCCGAUCUUCUCUCUCUACAAUUCUCGGAGUUCUUAGGGUUUUGAUUUUCUCCAUUGAAAGAUCUUGAGCCCAUCAAAGACUAUACACACAUAUAUGUAUAUCUGAAUGUCUUUGUAAUUUAAUUUAGAUAGAGAAAACACUUCAUCGCCUCUUUGCCUUUUCAUAUCUUUCUAGAAUCAUCUGUUUCUAGGGUUAUCACAAACAAUGAAGCUUCGUAGACGAUCGAAAAACAGAAAAAUCUAUGCUCAAUCGUUGUGACUUGUGAGAGAAACUCCACAUCACCUCUCUCCAAUUUUCUAUUUUGAAGUUUUUUGUCGAUCGAAGUGCGAAAAAAUCUCUGUUUUAUCGGUUAGAGAGAGAAACAUUGAGCGAUCGAUGGUGUUUCAUUCAAAAUUCUGAAUCUGAAACACUAGAUAGAGGAAUAUCCAUGGCGUCGACUGUUCCAGCGAAGUCCCAACCUCUCCACAACUUCUCGCUGCCUCGCUUGAAGUGGACGAAGAACCACACAAACAACCAUCAGCGAGGCCGCAGACUCGCCGACUCGUCAUCGCAUCAAUCUCCGCCGCCCGAUUCGGCUCAGCGGCAAUCUCCGCUGCUCAACUCCGCUCCGAGACAAUCUCCAAUGCGCGAAUCUGCUUCCGAAUCGGAAUCUGGCUACGCUUCUCCUUCCAACAACGGUUCUGCAUCCGAGAAUCCGAAGAAUCAAGCACCUGAAAGUAGCAAGCAUGGCUUCUCUAUUACAUAUUCCGAUCACAUGAUCCCUAGUUCGGAGAAAAGAUCGACGAUUUCGGACGGUUAUGGUGGAGUGAAAGAAGCCAGAUCGAAGUUGAGUAUUCGUUUCCGUACAAAGAACAAGCUUGAUGAUGUUCAAGAUGAAGGAAAAGCUUCUACAGUUGGAGAAGUGGAGGAAUUGGCGGCGAAGACUUGGAAUUUGAGGCCGAGAAGGCCGAUACAGAAGCAACCAAAUGUGAAUGGAGGAACAUCUAAAGUCGGAGGAGCAUCGUCGCCGGAGAAUAAAGCUCAAUUGCCUCCGGCGACCACGAAUCGGCAGGAAUCGAUCUGGUUGCGAAGUGGUCCUGAAGCGAACUUUGAAGAAAGGAGGGAGAAGAAGAGAAAGUUCUCGAUUCCUCUCUCUCGGGAGGAGAUUGAAGAGGAUAUCUUUGCGAUGACCGGAUCAAAGCCGGCAAGGCGGCCAAGGAAGAGAGUAAAGGCUGUUCAGAAACAACUCGAUAAUGCAUUUCCUGGUUUGUGGUUGGCAUCAAUAACCCCUGAUUCAUACAAAGUCUCUGAAGCUCCUAUAAAGGGUUAGAUCAGAUCGUCGCGGAUUCUGAUCCUUUGGGGGACUUUUGAUUGUUUGAAGGUCUAUGACUUCCUAUUUUUGUGAUCUCAUAUGGUGGUAAAACGAAUCAGAACCUUAAAAGAUGAAAUGGAGGAUAGCUGUAACUUGUUUAGUCUUCUUUUAUCUGUUUUGGCGAUGAGUUCAGUGAAAUAGAGGAAGAGGUUUUGGUGAUGAGUUCAGUGAAAUAGAGGAAGAGGUUGAUUAUUUUUGUUUUUGAUUAGUUGCAGAUGUAAAUAUGAAUUAUCAAAUGACUUGUUAUUGAUUUAACUUUAAAACCUUCUCUGUUUUCUUGCUAAUUUAAAGCUGUAGUUCUUUUUUCUAAUACUGAAAAGGAAAUGCAAGAUUAUUGUUGUGGGAAUGAAA